AUGGAAGGUAGUGACGCAAUUAGAAUAAGCAGUGCACGUUUAAGUAGCUCGAAUAUAUGGAGGAACAGUGGGUUGGAUGUUUUCUCCAGGUCCUCCAGAGAAGAAGAUGAUGAAGAGGCAUUGACAUGGGCAGCCAUAGAGAAACUUCCAACUUGUCUUCGUAUAAGGAGAGCCAUUUUGACAGAAGAAGAAGGCUCUAAAGAGAUUGAUGUAGAGAACCUUGGAGAAUUAGAGAAAAAGAAUCUUCUCGAGAGACUGGUGAAAAUUGCUGAGGAAGACAAUGAGAAGUUCUUGCUGAAGCUCAGGAAGCGAAUGGACCGAGUUGGUAUUAGUCUUCCUACGAUUGAAGUUCGUUUUGAACAUUUGAAUGUUGAUGCACAAGCCCACGCUAGCAGUAGAGCACUGCCAACAAUCUUCAAUUUCACUGUCAAUAUUCUAGAGAGCUUCUUCAAUUAUCUCCACAUUCUACCAAAUAGGAAGAAAAAGCUCACAAUCCUUCGGGAUGUCAGUGGAAUUAUCAAGCCCGGAAGAAUGACCUUGCUUUUAGGCCCACCUAGUUCUGGGAAAACCACUUUGCUCUUGGCUUUGGCUGGGAAACUUGAUUCAGAUCUGAAGGUCUCUGGAAGAGUGACAUAUAAUGGCCAUGAAAUGAAGGAAUUUGUACCAGAAAGGACAUCGGCUUAUAUAAGUCAAUAUGAUCUUCAUAUGGGAGAACUAACUGUCAGGGAAACACUAUCUUUUUCGGCAAGAUGUCAAGGGGUUGGACCUCGUUAUGAAAUGUUGGUAGAAUUGUCAAGAAGAGAGAAGGAAUUAAACAUUAAACCAGACCCUGAUAUUGAUGUUUUCAUGAAGGCAGCAUCACUUGAAGGGCAAGAGGCCAGCGUUAUAACAGAUUACAUUCUCAAGGUUUUGGGACUUGAAGUGUGUGCGGAUACCUUGAUUGGUGAUGAAAUGAUAAGAGGGAUUUCUGGAGGUCAAAGAAAGAGAGUUACAGCUGGAGAAAUGAUGGUUGGACCAGCCAGGGCACUUUUCAUGGAUGAAAUAUCAACAGGAUUGGACAGUUCUACAACUUUCCAAAUUGUGAAUUCAAUUAAGCAGUCAAUCCAUAUUCUUGAAGGGACUACUGUUAUCUCACUCCUGCAGCCUGCACCAGAAACCUAUGACUUAUUUGAUGAUAUAAUCCUUCUGUCAGAUGGCGAGAUAGUCUAUCAAGGCCCUCGUGAAAGUGUAUUAGAGUUCUUUGAACACAUGGGUUUCAAAUGUCCCGAGAGAAAAGGAGUUGCUGAUUUCUUACAAGAGGUGACAUCAAAGAAAGAUCAAGAGCAGUACUGGGCACAAAGGGAUGAACCUUAUAACUUUAUUUCCUCUAGGGAAUUUUCAGAAGCGUUUCAGUCAUUCCAUGUUGGACGAAAACUAGGUGAUGAACUUGCCAUUCCAUUUGACAAAGCCAAGGGUCACCCAGCUGCUCUAACUACUAAGAGGUAUGGGGUUAGCAAAAAGGAGCUCCUGAAGGCAUGCACAGCAAGAGAGUACUUGCUUAUGAAGAGAAACUCAUUUGUCUACAUAUUCAAAAUGAUACAACUUAUCCUUAUGGCAUCCAUAGCAAUGACUGUGUUUCUACGAACUAACAUGCACAAGAAUACAACAACGGAUGGUGGAAUUUUUGUGGGUGCCCUGUUUUAUUCCAUUGUUAUGAUAAUGUUCAAUGGAUUCUCUGAGCUUGCCCUGAGCAUUCUGAAGCUUCCUGUUUUCUACAAACAGCGAGACUUUCUCUUCUUCCCAGCAUGGGCAUAUUCUCUCCCAACAUGGAUCCUCAAGAUCCCAAUAUCCUUCGUCGAAGCCAUAGUUUGGUCAUGUAUGACUUACUAUACGAUUGGAUUUGAUCCAGACAUUCAAAGGUUCUUUAGACAUUUCUUUCUACUUGUAUGUAUUAACCAAAUGGCGUCAGCAUUAUUCCGGUGUAUGGCGGCAAUAGGAAGGAACAUCAUAGUUGCAAACACUGCUGGUACAUGUGCAUUGGUGACAGUUCUUGUUCUUGGGGGAUUCGUUUUGUCAAAAGAUGAUAUUAAGAAAUGGUGGAUAUGGGGUUACUGGCUCUCUCCACUUAAUUAUGCACAGACUGCUAUUAGUGUCAACGAAUUUCUUGGAAAAAGCUGGAGCAAGGUUCCUCCUGGUGCCAUAGAGCCAUUAGGUGUGUUAGUCUUAAAGUCUCGUCGUAUCUUCACAGAAGCAAAGUGGUAUUGGAUUGGCUUAGGGGGUUUAAUUGGAUAUAUCCUAGUUUGCAAUUAUCUUUUCACCCUGGCACUAACUUAUCUUAACCCAUUUGGGAAAUCUCGGGCAGUUGUACCUCAAGAAAACUCAGAUGAGAGUCAAGACAGCACACGAAGUAAGCUUAUUGAGUUAUCUUCAGGAAGAAAAAGAGCUUCUGAAAGGGACAAUGAAGUUGGAAGAAGCGUUUCUUCCAGAUCUAUCUCAUCCGGAGUGGGAAGUACCAAUGAGGUUAACCAAAACAGAAAAAAAGGGAUGGUUCUACCUUUUGAACCUCUAUCUAUCACUUUUGAUAAUAUCAGAUAUGCAGUAGAUAUGCCACAGGAAAUGAAAGCUCAAGGUGUUACUGAGAGCCAGCUAGAGCUUUUAAAAGGUGUAAGUGGUGCUUUUCGACCAGGAGUUUUGACAGCUCUAAUGGGUGUCAGUGGGGCGGGUAAGACCACACUAAUGGAUGUCUUGGCUGGAAGAAAAACAGGAGGAUAUAUUGAUGGAAGGAUCUCCAUAUCAGGGUAUCCAAAGAAGCAAGAAACUUUUGCUCGUAUAGCAGGAUACUGUGAGCAAACUGAUAUUCACUCCCCCCAUGUUACUGUAUAUGAGUCCUUACAAUACUCUGCCUGGCUCCGGUUGCCUCCUGAAGUUGAUGCUGCAACGAGAAAGAUGUUCAUUGAAGAGGUCAUGGAGCUUGUUGAGCUGAAUCCAUUGAGGGAAGCACUAGUUGGAUUGCCCGGAGUUAAUGGCCUUUCAACCGAGCAGCGCAAAAGGCUGACUGUUGCUGUUGAGCUGGUAGCUAAUCCAUCUAUAAUUUUCAUGGAUGAACCAACCUCAGGGCUGGAUGCGAGGGCAGCUGCAAUUGUUAUGAGAACAGUAAGGAACACAGUGGACACAGGUCGAACUGUUGUAUGCACAAUCCACCAGCCAAGCAUUGACAUCUUUGAUGCUUUUGAUGAGCUUCUCCUCCUAAAACGAGGUGGCGAGGAAAUAUAUGUUGGUCCAUUGGGGCGACAUUGUUUGAAGCUCAUCAACUAUUUUGAGGGAAUCCCUGGAGUCAAUAAAAUUAAAGAUGGUUAUAAUCCUGCAACUUGGAUGUUAGAGGUUACUUCAGCAGCACAAGAAGUGGCCCUUGGCAUUGACUUUGCAGAAGUGUAUAAAAACUCAGAAGUAUAUAGGAGAAAUAAGGAAUUGAUCAAGGAACUCAGUACACCUGUUCCAGGCUCCAAGGAUUUAUACUUCCCAACUCAGUAUUCCCAGUCCUUCUUCAUCCAGUGUAUGGCUUGCCUCUGGAAACAGCACUUGUCAUAUUGGCGAAAUCCACCAUACUCAGCAGUCAGAUUCUUGUUUACAACCUUCAUAGCAUUAAUGUUUGGUACAAUUUUCUGGGAUCUUGGCUCCAAAAGGAAGAGUAAGCAAGAUAUCUUCAAUGCAAUGGGGUCGAUGUAUGCUGCUGUCAUAUUUCUCGGAGUGCAAAAUGCUACAUCAGUGCAGCCUGUUGUUGCUAUAGAGAGAACAGUCUUCUAUAGGGAAAGAGCUGCUGGAAUGUAUUCAGCAUUGCCAUAUGCUUUUGGACAGGUCGUGAUCGAGAUUCCAUAUAAUUUCGUUCAAACGCUCAUAUAUGGCAUCAUAAUAUAUGCGAUGAUUGGAUUCGAGUGGACAGUUGCCAAGUUCUUUUGGUAUCUAUUCUUCAUGUUUUUCGCUUUAGUAUACUUCACAUAUUACGGGAUGAUGACGGUGGCUGUUACUCCAAAUGCAAAUAUUGCUGCGAUAGUUUCAUCUGCAUUCUAUGCAUUAUGGAAUCUUUUCUCAGGAUUCAUGAUCCCAAAACCUAGGAUUCCAGUGUGGUGGAGAUGGUACUACGACUUGUCUCCAGUUUCUUGGACACUGUAUGGGUUAGUUGCUUCACAGUUUGCAGACAUAGAGCAUGAUCUUGACACCAAUGAAACCGUGAAACACUUCAUUGAGAGUUACUUUGGAUUCAAACAUGACUUUGUGGUAUAUGUUGCCAUCAUUCAUGUGGGAAUUUCUGUUCUUUUCGGCUUCAUUUUUGCCUAUUCAAUCAAGGCAUUUAACUUCCAGAAAAGAUAA